AUGACUGAAGAUUUUAUUCAACAAGGAAAUAGCGUAGAAAAAUCUCUUACGUUACGCAUUAAUGACAUACGAAUGCAAAUUCAACAAAAUGGUUUCGAUUUUAAUCAAUUUUUACCGUUUUCAAAUUUCGAAGAUAUCCCAGAAUGUGAAGAUAAUUUAGUUAACUGUAUUGUUGACAGUAAUGAUUUACUAUGGAAUGAUCUUAAUAAUGAACAAUUUCUAGCUGCGGAUACUAUUUUAAAAUCAGUAGUCGGUUCGAAUUCGCAGAAAUAUUUUUACUUAGACGGACCAGGUGGAAGCGGGAAAACGUUUGUGUAUCGUGCUCUGAUUCAAAAAGUUAAUAUCAUUGGCAAAAAAGCAUUAAUCGUUGCAUGGACAGGAAUAGCUGCUACUUUGUUACCAUGUGGAAUCACAUGCCAUUCUGCCUUCAGUUUACCGUUAGACUUUUCUACUAUAAAAUUUCCUAGACUAACUCAAGCCAAAAAAAAAGAAUUUUUGAAAUCGAUAGAUUUGCCUAUUUUGGAUAAAGCUCCUAUGGCUCCAGGUACAGCUUUAGAAAUAGUUGAUUUAAUAUUUCAAGAUUUGAUGGGUAUCCAAAUACCUUUCGGUGGAAAGGUUGUUGUGUUAGGUAGUGACUUUCGGCAAGUUCUGCCAGUCAUUAGAAAAGGAUCUUGA